CAGGGGAAGGAGGGACAGCCCUGCUGCCCUGCCUGGCUCCAGAGCUCCCAGGAGGGCAAACCAAACAUGCUGGAGGGCUCGCUGCUCUGCUGGCCACCCCGGGAGCCAGGCACUGCCCGGGCUGCCUGAGCCCACAGGGAAGGCUCUUAGGCCAAGGAGUCUGCCAAGAGAAAGAGAUGGAAAGCCAAGGGAAAGGCAGCCCCGCCGGGAAGAUGACUGCCAUGGCUCGCAGCCUGUCCCAAUUAAUGGAUUCUGACAUGGAUUAUGAGAGGCCAAACGUAGAAACUAUCAAGUGCGUCGUGGUCGGGGACAACGCGGUGGGCAAGACCCGACUCAUCUGCGCCCGCGCCUGCAACGCCACGCUGACCCAGUACCAGCUCCUCGCCACCCACGUGCCCACGGUGUGGGCCAUCGACCAGUACCGCGUCUGCCAGGAGGUGCUGGAGCGCUCCCGGGACGUGGUAGACGAUGUCAGCGUGUCCUUGCGGCUCUGGGAUACCUUUGGUGACCACCACAAGGACAGGCGCUUUGCCUACGGCAGGUCCGACGUCGUGGUUCUGUGCUUCUCCAUCGCCAACCCCAACUCCCUGCACCACGUGAAGACCAUGUGGUACCCGGAGAUCAAGCACUUCUGCCCCCGCGCGCCCGUCAUCCUGGUGGGCUGCCAGCUCGACCUGCGCUACGCCGACCUGGAGGCCGUCAACCGGGCGCGGCGGCCCUUGGCCAGGCCGAUCAAACCUAACGAGAUCCUGCCCCCGGAGAAGGGGAGGGAGGUCGCCAAGGAGCUGGGGAUCCCCUACUACGAGACGAGCGUGGUGGCCCAGUUUGGCGUCAAGGACGUCUUUGACAACGCCAUCCGCGCCGCCCUCAUCUCCCGCCGCCACCUGCAGUUCUGGAAGUCCCACCUCCGCAACGUGCAGAGGCCCCUUCUCCAAGCCCCCUUCCUGCCCCCCAAGCCCCCUCCGCCCAUCAUCAUCGUCCCGGACCCCCCUUCCAACAACGAGGAGCGUCCAGCCCACCUCUUAGAGGACCCCCUGUGCGCGGACGUCAUCCUGGUGCUGCAAGAGAAGAUCAAAAUCUACGCACACAAGAUCUACCUCUCCACCUCCUCCUCCAAGUUCUACGACCUGUUCCUCAUGGACCUGAGCGAGGAGGACCAGCAGGGCGCCGCGGGGCACGGCUUCGGGGUGGCCGUCACGGCGGCCGCCGAGCGGAUGCUGCACCAGGAGGAGAGGCACCACGGGCGGGAUUUCCUCCUCAGGGCCGCCAGCUUCGAUAUCUGCGAGAGCACCGAGGAGGCCGGAUCCGGCCAGCGCAAACCGUGCCUUAGAGCCUCCACCAGUGACGGGAUCCUGCGGGGCAACCGCUACGAGAACGGGGAGCGCGGGCUGCGGCGGGGCAGGAACCUCUCCUCGUGGAGCCGGGCUUUCACCAGCAUCCAGGAGGAGAUGGCCGAAGACCCGCUGACCUACAAGUCCAAGCUGAUGGUGGUGGUGAAGAUGGACGCUUCCAUCCAGCCGGGUCCCUUCCGGGCCGUGCUGAAGUACCUGUACACGGGGGAGCUGGAUGAGAACGAGCGGGACCUCAUGCACAUCGCUCACAUCGCCGAGCUGCUGGAGGUCUUCGACCUCCGGAUGAUGGUGGCCAACAUCCUCAACAACGAGGCGUUCAUGAACCAGGAGAUCACCAAAGCCUUCCACGUCCGGAGGACCAACCGGGUGAAGGAAUGCCUGGCCAAGGGGACUUUCUCGGAUGUCACCUUCGUGCUGGAUGACGGUGCUAUCAGUGCCCACAAGCCCCUGCUCAUCUCCAGCUGCGACUGGAUGGCUGCGAUGUUCGGUGGCCCCUUCGUGGAGAGCUCCACCAACGAGGUGGCACUUCCUCACACCAGCAAGAGCUGCAUGCGGGCGGUGCUGGAGUACCUGUACACGGGGCAGUUCAGCUCCAGCCCCGACCUGGACGACAUGAAGCUCAUCAUCCUCGCCAACCGCCUCUGCCUGCCGCACCUGGUGGCUCUCACAGAGCAGUACACGGUCACCGGCUUGAUGGAGGCGGCCCAGAUGAUGGUGGACAUCGAUGGGGACGUGCUCGUGUUCCUGGAGCUGGCUCAGUUCCACUGCGCCUACCAGCUCGCCGACUGGUGCCUCCAUCACAUCUGCACCAACUACAACAACGUCUGCCGCAAGUUCCCCCGGGACAUGAAGGCCAUGUCGGGAGAGAACCAGGAGUACUUCGAGAAGCACCGCUGGCCGCCGGUGUGGUACCUGAAGGAGGAGGAUCACUACCAGCGGGCGAAGAAGGAGCGGGAGAAGGAAGACUACCUCCACCUCAAACGGCAGCCCAAGAGGCGGUGGCUCUUCUGGAACGCCUCCUCCUCCCCUUCUUCCUCUCCUUCAUCGUCAGCAGCCACAGCCUCCUCUUCGUCCUCCUCCUCCUCCUCCUCGGCUGUGGUUUGAAGGCCCGUCCUUGCCCUGGCUCCAGCAUCCCUGGGAGGAGACGGGGAGGAGGAGGAGGAGGAGGAGGAAGCAGGGGGUGACCUGCCCCAGCGCCAGGCGUGCAGCGGACGCCACGGGCCGAAGCCCCAGAGGAGAUGGUGGCCACGGGGGUCUGUCCCUGUGGUGGGGGGGCUCAGGGCCAGCCCCUGGUGCUCCUGGAGCCCUGCUCUCCCCACGCCGCGGUGCCAGCGCUGCAGGACUGGCAGAGCCCGAGCAGCAGGAGAAACUCAUGUUUACAGGAGCACGAGGGCUGUGUUGUGGUUUCAUUUUGGAUUUUUUUUUUUUGUAUGUUUGUUUGUUUGGAACAUCAGCAGCAUGAGGAAGAAGAAGAAGAAGAAACGCAUCCCGCUUCCACUUUGAUUUGUAACCAGAAGCUGUGGGAUAUGGUUUGUGUGUCUGAUGGCACCAGGAGCCACUGUGGGGGUCCUGCCACCCCCUUUGACUCACAGCAGGGUCAGGCACAGUGCAGGGGACCCUGGUCCCCAAAUGCCUCCAGGCACUGCAGCAUAUUCCCCUGCCAGUGGGGUCUGUCCCUAAUUCAGGGCGUGGAGGGGACCGGAGUCCUCUCCUCCCCAUUCUUAACUUUUUGUUUAAAAAAGAAAACUUAAAGCAAAAAAACCCAACCCGAUCCCAAACCCACUCCCCCAACCUGCCACACCAGAAACCAACCCCAGGCCCUUGGCUUGGGCUUUUAGCCUGGAAGGCUCCAUUGUAAUAAAUGGUAUUUUCAAAGCCCAGCGUGGUCCCUGUGUGUUUGGGAGGGAGCGCCUGGACACAGCACAUCCUUGUGCCCUGCUUGGGGGGACACCAUCACCCCCCUUCCAGCGCUCCCGGGAUGGACAGGGACAGGGAAGCACUGCAGGAUCCAUCCAUCCAUCCAUCAAAACCCCUUGUGCAAGGAGAGGUGGCUUUCCCAUCAGACUAACUCUGCAUGUCCCAACCUGUGUCCCUGCAGGUCCACAGCCCCAGGGCUCUGCAGGGCUGCCAGGCAGGCCAGGAAGGACCCAAACCUCCGCUCGCCCUCCCCAGCUGGGAUGGGGAAGAGCCCAUCCCUGGCAGAGGCUGCAGCUGGAGGGAGCACAUAGGGAUGCUCCCGGUGCAUCCCCUCCCACUCCACCUUGCUCCUCUUCCCAGCUGGCUUCGCAGAGCACCUUGGAGCCUCUCAUUCCACAUGGAUGCAGGAGCGAGGUGGCAGCUCCAGCGAGCUCACUCUGGGUGUUCUCCCCCUCUGCAGCCCCAGCGAGCAGGUAGGACCACGAGUUUCUUUCCCUUUCCUCUGCGGGCGCUGCCCGGUCCCGUGUGCCUCCCCCAGGCCAGGCCCCGAGCCCCCGUGUCCCAGCCCUCCAUCCUGCACGUGCCUGGCUCUGCAGGAGCUCCCUGCCCAGGUUUGCAUGCUCGGGAGGCACAAGGGGGGACAGGACCUUUUGGUCCUGGUAGGGCCCCCCAGAGCUCCUGCUUUUCGCACCCGCCCCAGCGCUACCGAUAAAACCCAACUGCAGUGCGGGGGCUGGUGGGCAGCCCCAGGGGCUUUUUGGGGGCCAGCAGAGCCCCCUCUUCUCACUUAAGCACUGCAUGGAUUUGCCACACAGCUACUGCAGCACACAGAGCCCUGGCUGGGUGGAGCCGGAGCAGCUCUGGCCCCGGGUCAGCGUCGCGUGGUUCCCCCUUGGCCCCGGGGUCCCACCCCUGCUCGAGGGACAGAUUUCACCCUCCUUGUUCUUGCAGGGAGCAAAGAGCACAGGACUCAUGGUGUAGGGGUAAAGGCAGAGGCCAGGUUGGCUGCUGAGGGCUUUUUCCCCCGGCAGAAGCAUCGCUGGUGGGGACCGUUCCCGGUGGGAUGCACGAAUUCCAUGGGCUGGGUCCUUGGCACCACACGGAGCAGCUGCUGAGCAUCUGGUCCAGCUCCUUUGGUGCCCACUGAAACCCUGGCAGAGCACGGGGUGGGGGUGGGGGGGAAUAAAACCAGACGAGAAAUCAGGAGGAUUUUUUUUUUUUUUAAAAAGUUAAUUCUUCCUUCAUAAAGAGAAAUGUAAAAACUGGAAAAUAAAGCAAACUGGCUGGGCCAGAGCUCUGUAUAAAACACACUCAAUCAUGCAUACCAAAAUACCAAUAUUUUUAUAUUAACUUUUAAGUUAACGUAUGUAAACAGUUGCUAAAUAAAUACAUAAAUACACAACUCCUGCUUGCGUCCACGUGGUUUUUUC